AUGCCACAAACAAAGAAAGGUUACGCCGGAUCAGCAGCCAACUUGGCCAAGUGGAGAGAACAACAGAGAGCAUUGAAAGAACAACAACAAUCACAAUAUGUAUUGUAUGACUCUGAUGAUGAACCAGAGGCGGAACAACAACCAAUUGUCGAGACCGCAGCUAAACCAAUAGUGAUCGAGACUGAGAAGCCCAAGACUGUACGUAAGCCACGAGUCAACAAGACAGAUGAGUUGGAUAAGAAAUUCGAUCAGCUGAUGCAGCAGUUCUCUAACCUAACCAACAACAUGCAGAAGACCAAGGCAGAGCCCGAAGUUCCGACCCCACCCCCGGCAGCUCCAAUUGUCCAACAGCAGCAGCAGCAACAACAACAACAACAGUUCGUACGUCCAAUGCAUCCUCUGUCAGCGAUCCUCAAACACAAUCUAAUGACUAAAUUCUAA